AUGGCCUCCAAGGCGAGCAAGAGGAAGGAGCUGCUGAGCCGCAGCAGCUCCGGCUUCCUGGGCGCGCCCAGCAGAGAGAGGAAUAUGUCUUUCCAAACAGGUACAAGCAGUGAGUCAAAGAAAGGAAAAGUUCCCAUUUGGCCAGAAUGGAAUGAAGCAGAAAUCAACGCAGAAAAAUGGGAUGCAGGAAAACCUGGAAAAGAUAAAGAAAAAUCUCGAAGAAGUCCUAUUUUACCUAUCUUUGAGGAUCCUGAAGGGAAAAUAGAAUUGCCUUUAUCCUUAAAAGUGAAUUCAUGGAAACGUCCAAGUGAAUUUUUAACAAAUAAGGUUCCUACCGUAGUCAAAAAUGAAACCACAUUUGACCUUUUUUCAGCAAAUGAGCAUAUAUUUUGUAGCGAGCUGAUGAGGUGGAUUAUAAGUGAAAUUUGUUUAGUUUGGAGGAUAUGUAAUGAAAAGUUUACAACUGGUGAAGCAUCCACACUUUUUUGGAAACCAUGGGAACAUAUUUAUGCCUUAUGUAAAGCUACUAGCGAACACAUGCCACUGUACAAUAGCUAUGGAAAAUAUAUAGUGAAACUUUAUUGGAUGGGAUGCUGGAGAAAGAUCACUGUGGAUGACACUAUGCCUUUCAAUGAAGAUGAUAAUUUGUUACUACCAGCUACAACCUGUGAAACUGAACUUUGGCCAAUGCUGCUGUCCAAAGCUAUCAUUAAGCUUGCAAAUACAGAUGUACGUGAAAGUGGAAAAAGAGAGCUAGAGGAAUUUACAGUUUUACAUGCACUGACUGGAUGGAUACCAGAACUUAUUCCUAUCCAGUCUAGUAACAUGGAUAAAGUUUGGGACUUUUUGAAAGAGAUUGUGCCAGAAUUCAAGCUGCCAAAUGGGGAAUCUCCAGAACUUGAAACAUCUGAGCCACAAAUAAAACCUAAAGAGACCAAAACUUUUGAGUUAAAAAAUGAAAUUUCACCUGGGAAUAAGCAGUCAGAGAAACCUGAGAAAGCAGAGAAGGCUGAUAAAACGGGCAAAGCAGAGCAGAAAGAAAUUGGAAAGAAGAGAAGCAGAGAUGGAGAAAAAGAAAAACACAAGUCAUCACUUCAGUCCUCACGAGUCUCAUCAGAUGCCCAAAGCUCCCUCCAAACCUUGACUGAGGAUUCCUUAGUGUCAACCCAGCCACAAAUGAUCGUGUAUGCUAGCUGUAUACCACUAAAUGUGUUUGAAGAGAAGAUUUUUACAUUAGGCCAGAUGGCUGAUUCUUCAGAGAAGCUGAGGCAAUAUGGACUUUCCCACCUAUAUAGCCAUCCUGUCCUGAUUACUAGAACUAGGUCCUGCCCUUUGGUAGCACCACCACAGUCGCCACAGGUUCCUCGCUGGAAACGUUUCCGCCAGAAAAAAGAAACUAUCGUGACAUCUGAACCACAAGAACCUAUAAUAAAGAAACCUGAAGAACAUGUUGAGAUUGCUAGUGCAUUUUUGAAUUAUAAAAUCGACAUUCUUACAAUGCCAACAGAUAUAAAAAAAUGUCACUUUCCAAGGACUACCAUGAAAAGAAGUAUUCCCUCCGUAUGCCUUUUCCCUUCUCUUACUGAAGAAGAAGAAAAUGAUAUUACUGUGGAUAUGAAUCAAAAUAUGAGACAUGUAAAAGCAGAAGAUAAUAAGGAGACCCCCUUCCAGCAGCAUAAUGCAGAGAAGCCUGAGAAAGAAGAAUUACAUGAGAAUAUGACUUUUGAAGCAUCACAAACAUCACAAAUAGCUGAUACUGGUAUUAACUGCCAGAUGGUGAAUAAAUCAAAGGCAAAAACUGAGUUAGAAAAGAAUUCUGUUUCCAAGGAAACUUGGAUUAGCUUUGAAGACUUCUGUAUUUGUUUCCAGAACCUGCAUGUUUUCCACAAACCACAUACAUAUGCUUAUAACUAUCAGAAGGCAGAUUUUAAGUGUGCUGAUGAUCGAGUCUUCUAUUACUUAUUUGUGGAUAGCCUGAAACCCAUUGAAAUCCUGAUCAGCUUUUCUGCAUUAGUACGCUGGGGUGACUUUGGAGCAUCUACACAAGGAGAAGGCUGUGAUAUUUCAAAAGGAGUACUAAUGGUGGAACAUUUCUCUUGGAAACGUGUGGCUCUUGGUCAACUUCUGUUAAAAAUGCACACAUAUGCAACCAAGGCUACUGUGUUAAAUCUUCCUGCUGGGCGGCAUGUGUUGCUCUUCACUGUAAGUUCUCCCAUAGGACAUCAUCUUCAUCUGUGUAGCAUGGUGCCAUGUGUCUUUGGAGAAGAAGAUACUGUGAUGUCAAGUCUUGAAAAGGAGAGCUACCGGUUUAUAGAACAGGCUACAGCUAUCCUGAAAGCUAUUGGAAACGUGAUAAAAACAUUCAGCAGUAAGCUUGAACUUCCUAGAGCUCUGAAGGGGUUGGAACUGACACACGGUCCUCCUGGCAUCCAGGGUACGAGAACAGUUGAAGAACACAUCAAGGUUUUCAAUAAUGCAUUUUGGUGUUUAAUCAAACAUGUAUUAGCCAACAAAGUUCCUUCCAGUUACCGAUUUGCUUUCAGAUCCUUCACUUUGGAUUUUAAAACCAUUGAGAUUUCUGAGGAUGACAGUGUGUCUUCAGAGACUUUUGACACAUCUUGCCUUAGUAGCUGGCAUAACAGAAUUCCCACUUCUGAGGAAGAAGCAGCAGCACUCAAACUUCAAGCUAAUUGGAGGGGAACCUAUGUUAGGAAAGUGAUAAAAGGCAGAAAACCAGGCACUAAAGAAAAUGCGAACGUCAAAGAAACCUUGAAAAAAUUGUGGGCUCUGAUUGAGUUAAAUUCUGAACAGUGUGCUAUAAUGUUGUUGAGAGAAAUGUUUAAAAGUAACUGUAGUUCAAUUGAAAAGUUUCCAUGUUAUGAAGAUGAAUGGUCCAAGAUCUCAUUUACUGACUAUGUUGUAACGUAUGCUGAUCAGCCACCAAAUGUUUGGUUUGUGGUUUUUAGAGAGACAUUUUAUGUUCCAGAAGACAUGCUUAUAGUGCCAAAGAUGUAUACAUCUAUCCCUACCUGUAGACUCCAUGUAAUUGAUAAUGACACACUAGAGGAAAUGCCACAUGUCUUUUUCAAAGUGGCACCUCGCAUUUAUCGCAAGAAUAAGAAAGGAUAUACGUUUAUGGCUGAAGCACAUACUGGUGACUUGCAUAUGGCAUCUGGGAAAUGGAGGCUCCGGCUCAUUGGAUCCCACAGUCCUCUCCCUUUCCUCUCUCGUGAGGCUAUAAACAACUUGUAUUCUACUAAAGAAAUUAAAGAGUAUUACAUACCCAAUGACAAGCAUGUAAUGUUCAGGUAUUCAGUAAAAGUCACAGCAUCACAUAUUGCUACUGUGCAAGUACAAACUUCUAAAUCUGAUGUGCUCAUUAAACUACAAGUCCUAGAUAAUGAGGAAGAAAUUGUGAGUGCCAUUGGAAAGGGACAUGUAGUCAUCCCUGCUUUUAAUUUCUUGAGUAAUGAAAGGUAUUUGAAUUCCUCAGCAAGCAAAGCCCAGCUUAUUCACAGUACUACAAAGAAAGAAGCAGAAACUGGAAUAUCCAAAAAACGAAGUUAUGUUGCGUCUCCCAAGACUACCAAAACUUCUCUAAAGCCAGGACUUGUACAAGAAGGUCCACAUAUAUUAGAUGAUGAAUCUUUUCUGACAAGCUUUGAAAAGAGAAAUGGAAGUCCACAGCUACUUCACAAGUAUAUUAUACAAGCAUUAGUGUUACAUAAUAGUUGGCCACUGACUGAGAGUGAGUUUCUGUUUGUUCAGGAGUGGAAAGAAAUGGAGAAAAAUGAAACCAAAGGACAAAAAUCCACAAGUACUCCUAAAACCAACAAAAAACAAAAAGAUAGAGCAACUGAGAAGACAGAAAAAGAAAAAUGGAAUAAAGACAAAGGAUCACCUGCAUCUCAAUCUGAAUCUCAGCAAGCUGCUUCAAGCAGACCAUACUGGACUCUGCGCCUAGUUAGUGAACAGAAAGAGGCAGAAGUUCUGGAAGUGAAGAAGGACACUGAGAGAGCAGAUGAGAUCAAAGCCAUGAAACAAGCAUGGGAGUCUGCAGAGCCAGGAAGAGCAGUCAAGGCUUUUCAGGAACGCAUACAGUUUAUUAAUAAGUAUGCUGUGAAAAGUUCAGAGGAACCCAUAGCUGAGACUGAGAUCAAAAGUUUAUCACCUAGUCCAGGAGAAAGAGAUUCUCUUACCACUGGAAAAAAAACAUCACAACCAAUUAUAGACUCAACCUUACAAAUGCAACAAAAAGAAUGGGAGCCUAUAGAUUAUAGUGUCUACAUGAGAAAAACAUUGUCUGAGGCUAUUCUAAGAACUGAGUCUGUCAUUCAGCAGCAAGAGAUCCAUAAAGCAGAAAAAAUCAACCAUUUUAGAGAACUUCGAGAGCUGGCUUUGGAAGAAAGGAAAAAAGAACUAAAUUCUAGAACUUUACUGAAGCAGAAUAUACUUGAAAUGUAUGAGAAUCUGCAGGCAUCCUUAGAUGAAACGCGAGGCCGAAUUCUCACUGUUCGGGACGCCUACAGAAGUCAGCUACUCGAGGCUGAGCUCAGCAAACAAGAAGCACUGGCAGCCGGUGAAGCAGCCCUGCAAGCAGAGCAAGAGAAGAAAAGCCAGGAUGCCCAAAAGAAAAAAAAAAUGACUCUCUUCAGAGCAACACCAGAGAAAUGGCUGCAGACAGGCAUAUUUACCUGGUAUCUAAUGACUUCAGAAAAACAAGGUGUUUUUGUAGGAUGCAUCUCAGAGGAAGACAAAGGAAAGAAGAAGAAAGUCAAGGAAAAAGAGAAGACAGUCUGCAUGGUAGUGAGACUAGCAUAA